AUGCAUCCUUGGUUAACGGGUCUGCAUUCCCUGUGGGUGAGGGAACACAACAGGAUAGCAAGGGCAUUAGCUAAACUGAACCCUGAGUGGAACUCUGAUCGUUUGUACCAUGAGGCGAGAAGGAUUGUGGUCGCUGAGUUGCAGCAUAUCACUUACAAGCAAUGGUUGCCUGCUCUUACUGGUAAAUCGUUCGAUGAGAUGUACGACAGUUACGAUACUGUUUACAACUCUGACAUCGAUCCUACUGUAACUAAUUCCUUCGCAACGGCGGCCUUCCACUUCGUUAAUACACUCUUCGACCAGGACAUUGAGUUGGUGGCCGCUAGUAACCAUGUAGUAGCGGAGAGAUUAAAGGACAAUUACUUCAAACCUGAAUUGAUUGCCGUGAAGGGAGGUCUAGAGAAACUUCUUCGAGGCAUGGUCACCCAGAGGUGUCAGAACUCUGAUCUCAAUUAUGAUGAUGAU